AUGGCGACUCAACUAAGACGCAGGUUCCGCUUGCACAGUCCCUGGACUCAAAACUUUAUCAGCGGCAUUGGUGUAGGCUGUUCUGCUGGUCUUUAUGUCGCACUGAAUCUUCUGGGGGCGGGCGGAGGUCGUCCCGACUCUGCUCAAGUGGUCCAAGUUGUCAACGCAACUCUAUGCUCUGUCUGGUUCUUGUCAUCCUCUUUCGGAGGAUCGAUUCUCAACAAACUUGGGCCCGGCCUAACAAUGUGUAUUGGUGUGCAGACAUACGCGGUUUACGUCGGCUCCUUGUGGUAUUACGACGAGACGGGCAAGAGGGACUAUCCCUAUGCGUCGGGCCCCAUCAUCGGUAUAGGCGCAGGCUGCGUCUUCAUCACGGCCGGCUAUGUUGCUACAGCAUAUCCCGAGGAGAAGGAGAAGGGGGCUUAUGCUACCAUGCUGAUGAACAUGCAAGCUCUGGGCUCGGUCAUAGGAGGUAUAAUACCCGUCAUCAUAAAUCGCGACUCCAACACGACUGCUGGAGUUCCCCGUUCUGUGUACAUCUCCUUCAUCACGAUCAUGGUCGUCGGUGGGCUGCUGUGCUUGUUACUGCGGAGACCGCACAAGCUCAGAAGAGACGAUGGGUCUGUCGUGGCUGUCAAUCCGACAAGAGGUGCUUGGGAAGAGUUUAGGUCCAACCUGGCAGUAUUCAAGGAUCCAAAGUUGCUCAUGAUGCUUCCCGCAUUCUUUCCGUCAGAGUGUUUUCUGGUGUAUAGUGGAGCUGUGAAUGCAUAUCUGAACAAUUUACGCGUUCGGUCGCUUUUGAGUUUCAUUGCGGUGGUGUUUCAAAUACCGGCAGGGUAUGGUCUCCAGUGGAUUCUUGACCAUGAGCACUGGGGGAGGAGAAAGCGCGGGCUUGUCGGACUCACGGUAGUUUCAGCGCCCAUGAUGGUCGCUUGGGUCUGGGAAAUGAUCCGUGUUCGCAGCUAUAACCGCAGCCAGCCUCCAACUGACCCAACUGACUGGACUGAGCCAAGGUUUGGAUGGAUCUUCAUCCUCUUCAUGCUGACUUGGAUCUCUUGCCAACUAUGGCACAAUAUAGUAUACUACUGGAUAGGAGCCCUUACCAAUAACCCUCGAACGCUAACUCACUACGUUGGUGUCUUCCGCGGUGUCUUGGGUGCCGGAGAAGCAUUGUGCUUUGGGCUUGAUUCCAUCCAGAUUCCGUUCAUCGCUGAAGCUGGUGGUACACUAUUGUUCUACGUGAUUGGUAUUUCUGUGUUCUUCUACCUUGGUAUAUACCACAUGGCGGACACGAAUUACGACAAGAGCGAGGAAGGGGCGGUCGUACCGAACCAUAUCCUUGUGGAGAAGGGGAUGACCAGUGAUGCCCAGGGGCUGCAUCUGCGUACAGGUAAUUUGGGUUCGGAUACGUCCCAAGAAAAGACCGUCUAA